AUGUCUGAGAACAAUAUGAGCGCCAUGCUGUCCGUCAGUCCGUCCAGGGGACUAGUGGAUGAAAAGUUCCGAGUGGUUGUGCAGAAUUUGUUCCACGGACAAGACGUCACUCUGCACUCCCUACUGCGCUCUGAGGAUGACGACCUCUGGCAGGCUUUUGGACAUUAUGUCAGCGAUGAUGAAGGAACCGUGAAAGUUGCAGAACAUGUGUGUGUGGGAGGAUCGUACCAGGGCGUGGAGCCCAUGGGUCUGCUCUGGAGCAUGAAGCCAGUGCCUGGGAGUAGAACAGGACUCAGGUUGCGGAAGAAGGAUCUCAGCACCCCGAUGUUGGUGCACAUCUCUGUGUACUGUGGCCACAUCAGCCAGGGGUUCAGAGAGACGAAGGCGUUGGCUUGUGCCGUCGCCGAGCGCUGGUACAUGGCGCCAGGCGUCCGCAGGGUAGAGGUCACAGAGGGCGGGGUCAGAGGAACGCUCUUCCUGCCUCCAGGUCCUGGACCUUUCCCUGGAAUUUUGGACAUGUGGGGAGGGGGUGGAGGCUUAGUGGAGUACCGUGCAGCCCUGCUUGCAUCACAUGGGUACGUUUCCAUGGCACUGGAGUACAUGUCACCAAAGGCCUUGUCAGACCCCUCUAGACAUGUUGGAAAACAGUAUUUUGAGGCUGCAUUCACCAUUCUGAAGGAGCAUCCCCAGGUGUGCAGUGACCGGGUCGCCAUGUUUGGACUGUCCUUUGGCACCUCCGUUGUCCUGUCGAUGGCGGUGUACUCGUCCGUGAUCCAGCCCAGGUGCCUGGUAUGUGUGAGCGGAAGCCACAUGCAGCCACUGCGGGGAUCUCUGGCUGACGUCUUUAAGGAUACUGAUAAAGAUUCCCACAAGAUCCGUUAUGAUGAGGAGCAUCGAGUGAUCUGGCGAGAUCGUCUCUUGCCGAUACCCUCCGACCCCAGCAAGAAGGUUGCUGUGGGGCAGUUACAGUGUCCUCUGCUGUUGAUCGUGGGUGAAGAUGAUCAGAGCCGCCCAGUCGCUGAGUCGGCUGAAGACAUGAAGAAGAUGAUGGAGGAGGCUGGAAACAGUCAUCUGUUGACCAUCCUCUCCUACCCUGGGGCGGGACACCUGAUUGAGCCCCCCUACACCCCGCACAUUGCCUUUAGCAACUUCAUGGUUACUGCGUCAGGAGGAAAAGUGGUGGCUCUCUGGGGAGGGGAGGUCAGUGCGCACUCUCGUGCCCAGGAGGACUCCUGGCACAGAAUCUUGGCCUUCCUGGAGCAGCACCUGUACGGCCCAGACCUGAAAACCCCCGGGGCCCUGUGACCCCGUGCAGGAGGACCAUCUCCGUCCACCAUCCCCCUCCUGGCUACUCUGCUCUCAGGCCACCCAGGGGCAUCCAUUCCUGGUGCAGCGGUUUUCAUAAACCUUUUAAUUCACUUUUUAGUUUCCCCUAAAUGUCAACAGAUUAUAAUGGGGUUAAUUAAGAUAGCCAUGUACAUGAAAGGGGCACAUGGCCCCAUAUUCCAGCUUCAUCUUACUGUUUCUUUACAGUCUACCACAACCAAUUAAAGCAUGUGCUGCUUCCUU